GAGAGAGAGAGAGGGGAGGCCCUAUAGAAGAAGAAUCACUGUAAAAAAAGGAAUAGAGUGAAAGUAUAAGAAGAGAAAGAAAGAGAAGGAAAAGGGUUCUUUCUGCAGAGAAAGAGAAAGGAAGAAAUGGGUAAAGAUUCAUGCAGGAAGUGCUCUCAUUGUGGAAACAAUGGCCACAAUUCAAGGACUUGUAGUGAGAGAGAGAGAGGAUUGAAGCUCUUUGGUGUUAGGAUUUCAACCAAUGGAGAAGGGAUGAGAAAGAGUUUGAGCAUGGUGAAUUUGGCUAGCUUAGAUGGCUUAAACCAGGAAGAUGGAGGGUCUGGAGAUCAGGGGAUUAUGAGAAAGAGUCAAAGCAUGGGGAAUUUGAUUAAUGGCGAUGAAAAUGGGAAGGGUCAUGAGAGGAAAAAGAAAGGGGUGGCAUGGACAGAGGAAGAGCACCGGACAUUUUUGGCAGGGUUGGAGAAGCUUGGGAAGGGAGAUUGGAGGGGAAUUUCAAAGAAUUAUGUGACCACAAGAACCCCAACUCAAGUGGCUAGCCACGCCCAAAAGUACUUUCUCAGGCAGUGCAGCCUUAAGAAGAAGAAGAAGCGUAGGUCAAGCCUCUUCGACUUGGUUACACUCAACAAUUGUGGUACAUCUGGAACUGCCCCUGCUCUUUCUCUGAACCUAGACGAUCAACUUCCCAACGAAUGUUUCCUCUCCAAUCAUCCAAACGAUCAAGUGGAAAGCACAAAAAACCAGGUGCUAGAUAAAGGAUCAGAGACUAACCCAACUUUCUCUCUCAUUGGAAACCCUGAGUUUACUGGUCUAGCCUAUCCAAUCCACAGUACUUCCAUCGGAAAAGCAUCCAGCUCUGAGUUCCCCCAGCUCUCCUUCGAGCAAUUGCCAGAAUUUAUGGCGGAAUCUUACCCAUAUCGCCAGUUUCCGGCAACCAAUGCGAAGUUUCCGGCCUGUCUCUCUAACCCACCUGUUUCUCUUUCUAGCACACCGGUCAUUGAAAACAGGGAGUUGGAGCUGAGCAUUGCACCACCUCAGGCAAGCACAUUCUCCUCCCCUUCUACUGGUAAUGUGGUGGAGGCUCAUUGAAGUGAUAUGAGAGCUCUAUCAGUUUUUCUCUCUCUACAACAUGGCAUUGUGGUGUUAUGUACAGGAGAGAGUUCAAAAAGUGGGUCCUCUCUCUCUCUCUCUCUAACGUUUGUUUAACUAUACUCUAUGACCUUGAAAAGUUCUACCAUUUGUCU